GUAUCUUGAAAUUGAGAGCGGAGUUGAACUCCAUAUUGAAACAAAGUAACUAACUUCUUUGUAAAUGCAUUGACCGUGUAUUUUUUUUUUUUACUUUAAACCCAUUCUCUACAUGACUAAUAUUACAGAGAUGCAAUUGAACAGAUCGUGUUUGUUUUUGUAUUAUGCUUUUAUGCGGGUUAGAUAUUCUGAGGAAAUAUAAUUUUUAAUGCAAGUUUAUUGACAGCAGACGAGCCAUAAAAAGGCCACUUGAACUUCUGGUGAAAAGACUCUUAAGGACUUCCUAGGAUUCUAGGUGUGAUGGACAAUCAGUCCUCAGUAAUCACGCAAGUUAGUAGAGAUGAAGAAGCAAACAACUCAGUUCGAGACAAGAGCCCCCCCGGCUCUACCUCUAAGAAGCCCAGGAACAGAGGAUUGUUUGGCAGCCUGUUUUGCUGCCUGUGUCAUGACCAGGCUGAAUCUCCGCCCGUCAACAACAAUGCCCCGCUACUGGUGGAGGAGAAUGGAACUGUCUCCAAGGUCCAGAUGAAGCCACUGCUCCCUCAGGCCAAGUCAAAAGAUGCUGGGAAGAUCUGUGUGGUGAUUGAUCUGGACGAAACACUGGUCCAUAGCUCCUUCAAGCCUGUGAGCAAUGCAGACUUCAUCAUCCCAGUUGAGAUCGAUGGUACUGUCCACCAGGUUUAUGUUCUGAAGCGCCCCCAUGUGGAUGAGUUCCUGAAACGCAUGGGGGAGCUGUUUGAAUGUGUUCUUUUCACUGCUAGUCUUGCCAAGUAUGCAGACCCAGUGUCAGACCUGUUGGAUAAGUGGGGAGCAUUCCGUUGCCGCCUGUUUCGCGAGUCGUGCGUGUUCCAUCGGGGUAAUUAUGUCAAAGACCUGAGCAGGCUGGGUCGCGAUCUCAACAAGGUCAUCAUCAUAGACAACUCUCCUGCCUCCUACGUCUUUCACCCUGGCAACGCCGUGCCUGUGGCCUCAUGGUUUGACGACAUGUCUGACACUGAGCUCCUGGACCUCAUCCCGUUUUUUGAGCAACUGAGUAAAGUGGACAACGUCUACACCAUCCUCAAACAACAGAACUUCACUAGCUAGCGCCAUCUCCAUCAGCUAGCACAAACUGCUAGGACCACCACCACCAUCUAGCAACAACCGCUAGGACCACCCUACUAGCCCUACGACCACCAGCUAGCAUUGUCAACCACUCCACCAGGUCCCUCUAC